GGGCGUCACCGAGUAGUUCAACAGAGCAGCGUGACACAAUCCCCAUGCGACACCAACUGUGACAGCAGCGGCAUAUCGGGCGCGCUGGGGAGCGACGGGAGACUUGCAGGACAGGUAAUAUAAAUUGAGCGCCAGCGAAUCUGAAUGGAGGGGGCUGCAGAAUCCCUUGGGAAAGGUGGAGGCGAACAGGGGCAGGAGCCUGCCGCCGUCGCCGCCGCCGCCAGCACCAAUGAAAUGCCAGACGGGCAAUCAGGUGAAGAAUCGGCUACUCUGGUGCCCGGCGACCAAUUGAAGGCUGUGGAGAAUGGUGAUGCUGCUGCUGCCGCUGCUGCUGCUGCUGAUGAUGAUGAUAAUGGGGGGAGAGAUGCAGUUACAUUGGGAGGUAACAUACAGGAGCCGGAGGAGGACACACGAGAGCGUAUCGGUCUGCAUCGAGGCCUCAGAUCGGAUGAAUCGGAAGAAGACAGAAUGCCCGAAUGGAAAUGGACCUCCAGAGAAGUCGAAGACCAGGAGGGUAUCGUGGUGGUUUCUGAGGGAGUGAUCAAAGAGGUAAUCAAGCAAGGAGUAGGAGAUACCCCUCCGCGCAACGCAACAUGCACCGUGAACUUCCGUGCGUGGAUCUUGGAGACGAAGCAAAAAGUUCUGGACACUCGCGAGGACCGGGAGUCUUAUGAGCUCUCAUUUGGUCAUGAGAGACGUGGCGAAAAGGGGCUCUCUGAGGGGAUUUCGUCGAUGAGAGCAGGUGAGAAGUGCUUGCUGAGAGUGAAGUCGGACAAAGCAUAUGGGAGAGAAGGGAACUUCUCCUUUCCCCAUGUACCGCCUGACGCAGACUUGCUCUAUGAGGUGGAGCUCGUUGGUUUCGACAUCCUGGAAGAGGGCAAGCAUAGGUCUCUGAUGACGGUCGAGGAGCGGUGUGAGGCUGCUGAGAAGCGCAGACAAUUGGGCAAUGAGUUGUUCCAGGAGGGCAAGUUUGAAGAAGCGGCCAAAAAGUAUGAGAUGGCACUGAGCUACAUGGGCGAGGAGUUCAUGUUCCAGCUGGAAGGAAAGUACAGGGAUCUCGCCAACAAGGCACGCUUGCCCUGCCAUCUGAAUUUGGCGGCUUGCUAUAUCAAACUAAAGCGCCAUGAGGAGGCCAUCCAGCACUGCAACACUGUUCUUAUGGAAGAUGCGACGAACGAGAAGGCUUUGUAUCGGCGAGGACUGGCCCGGCUCGAGCUGGACCAGACAGAUGCCGCCAGGGAGGAUUUUGUGACACUCAGCAAGCUGGCGCCAAAUGACCCGAAUGUUGCAAAGAAACUGCGUGCAGUCAAGGAGCAAGAGGCACAGGUGAGGCGCAAACAGAGGCAGCUAUACAAAGGCAUGUUCCCACCGCCGAAGCCGAGGGUGAAGCCAUGGUACACACGUCUCUGGCUGCGGCUGGUCGCGAUUUUGCUCUCCAUACUUGCGAUCUUGCUCUCGCCGCUCAAAAGGUGGCGACAAAAGGUCAAGAUGCACUGACUGAUGCUGACGACGAGUCUACGUAAAAUUUCGCCAUCUGGUUGGUAUGGUAUGGUAUGCCUUGUCUGUGUGUGAGGGCAAGGGUGGUUAUGUGGUAUUUUGGGAGGACGUCGAGGACGAGGGGAGCUAAACUUCCAUUUAUGUCAAUUUCAAAUUUUCAAGCUUGUAAAAUAUGAGCGAUUGAUUUGUUAAUUUGCUGGUGCUGUCUGAGACAGAGCCAUGCUUCUCCUGGUGACGUCUCAACGAACCACUUUGGGGAAGGAAAAAAAAAAAAAAAAAAAAAAAAAAAAAAGGUGAAAUUUAUUUCAACGAAUGAUUGACUGACCGAGUGAUUGACAAUUGAUUUUUUGCUUGCGAGUCUCUUGGCUUUUUUUUUUUUUUGUCUUCCUUCUGUGAUGGGAGCGGAGGGGGUUCUGCCAAUUGUUUUGCUGCCAAAGUGUGUGUGUGUGUGUGCGCGUGUGUGUGUGUGUGUGUGUGUGUGUGUGUGUGUGUGUGUGUGUGUGUUUUGGGACCGCCUGAGAAAAAGGAAGAUCAUGAGUGAGAGGAGCUGGAGAGGGAGUAGCGGGGAAUUGGAGUUGUCGUUUAUCUUCGGCUGUUCGUUUUGACCAGUCUUCCGGUAUGCCUUGAGAGAGUUUGACGGCAGCCAUCCUUACGGUGAGCGUGAAUGUAUACAUCCUGCAUGUUGGUUCUGAAAGUUAAGGGGCCAGGCGAAGAGGGGAGCUCAGUAUUACCUGACCGCGUUAUGUAGAGCAUGUACGUGCAAAGCUAGUGCAUAAAGUCAUUCAUUUUGUGUGCUCCGGGCAUCUGAAGGCAGCCUCUUUAGUACGAUAGGUACCUUGCAUGUGCGGGCGUAUGGGAUCCGGUUUUGGCGAUUCCUGUGAGAAAAACGCACGUAAAGCGGAUUCG